AGAGGCAGGAAUGUAAAUCCAGAGGGAUUAGUGAGAACACACUGGGCUGUAAAGCCUUCAGUCGCUCUCCAAGGGGUCUCUGCUUCAAUGCGUAAAGUUGGGAAGGGGCUCCGGACGCAGCGCGCAGCUCUUACUGUCCCACAGGCUCCAUGUGCGUCACCUCUGCGGGAUACUUGACAAGGAUUUCUGAUAUUUUGAUCCCACUACCCGCGCGGGUCACUCACAGAUGAAAACAGCGGCGGUUUGCUGAUGUUAAGGCGUUUUCACUCGGACAGAUCAUCUGUCCCGGAGCGCAAAGAGGGACAUGGGUCAACUUUAUGGUGCGACUCUUUUACCGUUUGGCGCAAUCUGUGUUGCUUUCCUGUGGGAAUCUGGUGCCAGCUCUAUCAGGACGACGCUUGCAGUGGACACCUCGAAGACGGAGUGUCCAGAUAAUAAAAUCUUGACCGUGGAGUAUUCCUGUGUCAGAGCUGGGGGGAAGAACAGCACUUGUUUCAGGAGAAAAUGCUGUGAAGGAUUCAGGUUUGUGAUGGGCCAGUGCAUACCUGAAAGUGUGGAUGUGUGUGCGGCGUCGCCCUGCGAGCAGCAGUGUACUGACAACUUUGGACGAGUUGUUUGCACAUGUUACCCCGGCUAUCGCUUCGACAGAGAAAGACACCGCAACCACAAAUCUCCUUAUUGCCUGGACAUCGAUGAGUGUGCAGUGUCAAGCAGCAGUGUGUGCGACCAUGAGUGUGUGAACACAGUGGGCAGCUUCUUGUGUCGCUGCCGCAGUGGAUACAUACUGGCACCAGACCAGCGCUCCUGCAUCCCCGUGCACAACUUGAGUUCAUCAGGGAAGUCGGACACCUUGAUGAGUGCUGGUACCUGCUCAUUCACCUGUCAGGAUUUUAUGAAUAUGAAAAACAAUCUGCUCCAGCUAAAGCUCAGGCUGGGAAAUACACAGUCACCCAACCAGGUACCUGGCCUGGCCAACAGCAGUGACAAACCCUCUAUGGGUCGAGCAGGAAAAAGUCCUGAUAGCCAGGGCCUUUCAGGUUUACCAGGCCCUCCAGGAGCUCCUGGGGUUCCAGGUCACCCAGGAGAACCAGGAAAGAGAGGAGACCCAGGGGAGAUGGGCCCUCCUGGCCCUCGGGGUCCACGGGGAGACAUGGGACCCAUGGGUCCAGAGCCUGAUCUCAAGCAUAUCAAGAGAGGCCGCAGGGGGCCUGUGGGGCCGCCUGGGGCUUCAGGAAGAGAUGGAUUAAAGGGUGACAGAGGAGCUCCAGGACCCAGAGGUCCACCUGGACCGCCCGGUUCUUUCGACUUCCUUCUGCUAAUGAUGGCCGACAUCCGCAACGACAUAAUUGAGCUGCAGGAGAAGGUGUUUGGGGAGCGGCGAGGCAUCUCUCUGGACAGUCCUCCUCAUUCCAGCGGGGAAGUGGAUUUUGUAGACUGGGGCUCUGGACAAGGAGAUCUCAUGCUCAAAACCUGACCUCUGACAUCCUGCUCAGAGUAACAGUCACUCAAACCAGCAAAAACAAACACCAAACCUGACUCCUUGUUUUGUUGAACACAGACGCUGGUGGUCAUAGUAUCAACAUGUACAUAUUUCCUAACCUCACGACUGGGACAAACAGGGCAAUGACUGAAUGAAUGACCUCUCAGCAAUGCUACAGACAGUAAAACCAAGAGAUACAAUCUCUCUUAACCACUGCAAGCACUGUUUUGCUGCCUUUCGCAUGCCGUGGAUGUGAGUGAGGGAUGUGCGUGCAGGACAAAGAGUGAGAAAGAUGCAGCGUGAGCCUUUAUGUCUGAGUCUCUGAGCUGUGCCUCUGAGCUGAACCACUUCAAACGACGAACUUUAUCGUCUACAUCUUUUCCUGUUCCUGAGUCUGUCCAUGGAAGCUCUGCUGUGCCACUGACAGUUUGCCUGCAGGGCGCUGGUGUAAAGACCCAGGACCUGCACUGUUAGCCUCCGCUGCACCUGUCUGCUGAAGUCUGAGCUGUGCAGCUUUUCUCCGAGGUACCUUCAGAAACCAAAUCAUCAGAUUCAUGAGUGUGCUAUUGCUGACGUUCUAUAAUUAAACAGCUCAACUUUAAUUCAAAUUAAAAACAAAACAUUUAAUAGGUAUACUUUGCUGGUAUCUGCUGUUUGGAAAGUAUAUGUAGUAAUAGAUAUUAAGGAAAAUGGUUUUAGACAAGAAAAAUGUCAGUUAAAAGGAAUUUAACUGGAUUCACACAAUGGGAAACUCAUAUUAUCAUCACGUUGAGAAUAUACUCCUAAUGUGAACAGUUUCAGAAAGAUGAGUGUUGCACAUAUUCUUAAAGUUGGCAGACGUGACAAAAGGAAGAAUUCUUGAAAGUUUUUUUUCUAAAAAGCAGCUGCCAAGAAGGGCUAACUGGUUUAUCAAUAAAGGUUUGUCUAAAUGUGGUAUAA